CAUCUCUCUUUCUUUGAGUUCUCCUAAUACAAUGGCCAGUCCUGCAAGAAGGCUAGAAGGGAAGGUAGCAUUGAUAACAGGAGGAGCAAGUGGUAUUGGAGAGUGUACUGCUAAAGUUUUUGCUGAACAUGGAGCAAAAAUUGUUAUCGCAGAUAUCCAAGACGAACUUGGUCAGGCAGUUUGUAAGGCUAUUGGCGUAUCAAACUCUAUAUAUGUCCAUUGUGAUGUAACCAACGAAGAAGAUAUCAGAAACGUUGUAGACACUGCGGUCGCCACUUAUGGAAAGCUUGAUAUCAUGUUCAAUAAUGCAGGGAUAGCAGAUCCCAACAAGACACGCAUCAUGGACAAUGAAAAAACAGACUUUGAGCGUGUGCUUAGUAUUAAUGUCACAGGCGUCUUUCUUGGAAUGAAACAUGCUGCUAGGGUUAUGGUUCCAGCACGAGCUGGCUCCAUAAUUUCAACGGCUAGCAUUUCUUCAAAUGUUGGUGGUGCGGCCUCACAUGCUUAUUGUUGUGCAAAGCAUGCCGUAGCUGGUCUAACCAAGAAUCUUGCAGUGGAGCUUGGACAAUUUGGUAUUCGAGUCAAUUGUUUGUCGCCUUAUGCAAUGGUCACACCACUAGCCACGAGUUUCCUUGGGCUUGAAGGGGAAGCUCUGGAAAACGUGAUGAACUCACUUGCAAAUCUUAAGGGACCGACUCUCAAAACAGACGAUGUUGCUAAAGCUGCCCUUUUUCUCGUGAGUGACGAGGCAAAAUAUAUCAGCGGACAAAAUCUUUUUAUUGAUGGUGGGUUUAGCAUUGUUAAUCCAUCAUUCGGCAUGUUUAAAUAUCCUGAGGAUCUUUAAAUCGGGAGAGUUCAUCUUAUUUUAUCUUUUAAUAAUACAUGCUUACUAGGGGCGUGUUUCUAUAUUGUAUGACCACUAGUUUACGACCGAUUUUCAUUUCGUCUUAAAUUUGUUAUUGGUGUUAUGGGCGUAUGAUGUAUACAAAUCAAUCAAGUAU